AUGACCAGAAUCGCAGUGCUCACCUCAGGCGGAGACAGUGCCGGGAUGAACGCCGCCGUCCGGAGCGUCGUCCGCACCGCAAUCUCAAACUCCUGCGAGGUCUACGUCGUCCGGGAAGGCUACGAAGGCCUCGUGCGCGGGAACGAGGCGCAUGCCCCCAAGCCAGACACCCUGGCCGUCCCGACCAGCGCCCGCCGGCCCGGGAUGCCCAAGACCUCCGACCGGCCCCUGUCCACCAACUUCAUCUCGACCUACUUCGGCGCAGACGCCCUCAAGGACGGCGAGGCCGACAGCGAGCUACGCGGGCAGCACAUCGUCCGGGUCGGCUGGGACGACGUCGGCCCGUUCCUCAGCGAGGGCGGCACCCUCAUCGGCACCCAGAGGUCCCAGAGCUUUCGCCUGCUCGAAGGCCGCCGAAAGGCCGCACUCAACUUGAUAACCCAUGGCAUCAACGCCCUCGUCGUCUGUGGCGGAGACGGCUCCCUGACGGGUGCGGACAAGCUGCGCGCCGAAUGGCCCGAGCAUGUGAACGCCCUACUCGCCUCCAAUGAGAUCAGCGCCGAACAAGCCAACACCUACAGCCAUCUGAUCAUCGUCGGGCUUGUCGGCUCGAUCGACAACGACAUGGCCCUGACCGACGUGACCAUCGGCGCACCAACGGCCCUCCACCGGAUCUGCGAGUCCAUCGACAACAUCUCCUCCACCGCCUCCUCCCACUCCCGCGCCUUCGUCGUCGAGGUGAUGGGCAGAAACUGCGGCUGGCUGGCCUUGAUGGCGGGGAUGAGCUCGGGCGCAGACUAUGUGUUCAUUCCUGAGAAGCCGCCGGCAUACGAUGAUUGGGAGCACGAGCUCUGCGAAGCGCUGCGGAGACACCGGGAGAUGGGCAAGCGGAAGAGCAUCGUGAUCGUAGCCGAGGGCGCGAUCGACAAGAACCUGCAGCCGAUCAAGGCGGACUACAUCGCGACGAUCCUCACCGAGCGGCUCAAGCUGGACACCCGGGUCACCACCCUCGGCCACACCCAGCGGGGCGGGAAGCCCUGUGCGUACGACCGCAUCCUCGCCACCCUCCAGGGGAUCGAGGCCGUCAAGGCCGUGCUCGAAUUGGCCCAGACCCCCGGCGGCGAAAGCCCGCUGAUCGGGCUCAGAGAGAACCAGAUCAUCCGCGUCCCGCUCAUGAAAGCCGUCCAGACGACCCAAGACCUCGCCAAGGCGAUCGCUAACAAGGACUUCAAGCAUGCGAUGAGCCUCCGAGACACGGUCUACCAGACCAGCUUCGAUGCGUUUGCGGCGACGACCCGGCUGGACGAGCGGAUCAAGCUACCGGCGAGCCAGCGGAUGCGGAUCGGGAUCAUCCACAUCGGAGCGCCGGCGGGGGGGAUGAACGCGGCGACGCGGACGGCGGUGCGAUACUGCCACACGCGGGGCCACACGCCGCUGGCGAUCUUCAACAGCUGGACGGGGCUGAUGGACGGCCAUGUCGAGGAGCUGGGCUGGCUGCGGGUGGACCAGUGGACGACCCGGGGCGGGUCGGAGCUCGGGACGAAUCGGACGCUGCCCUCGGCCGAGAACAUCGAGGAGAUCGUCGGGCGGCUGAAGAUGUUCAGGAUCGACGGGCUGCUGCUCAUCGGGGGGUUCGAGGUGCUGAAGAGUCUCAAGUUCCUGGACGAGGUCAAGAGCCAGCACGCCGCGCUCGACAUCCCCAUGGUCCACCUCCCUGCUACGAUCAGUAACAAUGUCCCGCUGACGGAGUGGAGUCUGGGCAGCGACACGAGCAUCAACGUGUUGGUCGAGGCAUGCGAUGCUAUCCGCCAGAGCGCCUCGGCCAGCCGGAGUCGGGUGUUUGUGGUUGAGACGCAGGGGGGGGAAUGCGGCUACAUAGCGAUGCUGGGGGCCUUGGCAACGGGGGCCGCGGUCGUGCACACGCCCGAGCACCCGGUCGGCCUGGAGCAGAUCACGAAGGAUGUGCAGUUCCUGAAGCGGCGAGCCAGCCUCAAACAGCUGCUCAUCAACAAACUCAACCCACACUCCUCCACCCUCAACAUCACCCACUCCCCCGCAACCACCAGACACUCCCCCGCCGAAGCCGACCAGCAGCCAGCAUGGGCCAUCACAGACAGACUCCGGCUGUGGCGAGACGACGCCCGCGCACAGCAUCUCUACCAGACGGCCGCCUUCUGGGGAUCCAAGGUAUACAACCUCACCGCAAACCCAAACGACGCAUUCUGGCUCGCACAGGUCUUCUUCCUCACCGGCCAGUUCCACCGCGCAGAGAUGGUCCUCACCUCCGCAAAACGCAUCAACCCAGACACCCUCCAAUACCUGGCCGCCCAGUGCAUGAUCAGACAGGGCAAGUGGGACGCCGCGCUCGACAUGGUCGGCGACGAGAACCCGUUCCGCCAGCCCCCGCAGGCCGACGAGCUCUCCACCGAGCCCUCCAAGCCCUCGCUCGACUUCCCCGGCCAGGCCGCCUCCGACGGCGGGAUCAAGUUCGAGGCCUCCAUGUGCUACCUCCGCGGCCUCAUCCAUCUCCACCACAAGGCCCUCGACCGCGCCAAGCACGCCUUCCUCGAGUCCCUCGCCCUCGACGUCAAGUGCUACGAAUCCUUCGAGGCCCUCGUCGGCGGGAACAUGCUCGAGCCCGACGAAGAGUGGGAGUUCAUCCAGACGCUCGAGUACCAGGCCCAGACCCCCGACGACGCCCUCUUCAUCAAGGCCCUCUACACCGUCAGACUCAAGAAGUUCGCCCACAAACACGAGCUCUUCGCGGCCCUCAAGCUGCUCAAGAACCAGUACGGGCUCAGCGACGACCCGGAUGCGGCCUACGGGCUGGCCGACUGGCUCUACACGAACUACCGGUUCAUCGACUGCUACCGGAUCACCUCGCGGUACUCCUCUCCCCCUCUUUCAAACCUCCAUCCCCCCCCACCCCCCGCUGACCGCCACGAGUGUGUGUGCAGGAUCCUCAAGCUCCAUUACCACCAUCUGCCCACCCUCCCCCUCCACCUCACCUCGAUGACCAUGGUCCCAAAGCUCCUCCCCGCCCUCUUCCUCCUCGCCCACGAGCUCAUCGACCGCGAGCCCGCAUCCCCCGUCAGCUGGUACGCCGCCGGGCUGUGGUACUUCAGCCAGAAACGCUGGGAAGAGUCGCGCCGCUUCUUCUCGAAGGCGGCGCUGUUGGACGCUAGGUUCCCCGAGGCGUGGUUCGCGUUCGGCCAUGCGCUGGCCUACGAGGGCGAGCACGACCAAGCGAUCACGGCCUACUCGACCGCCGCACACAACUUCCAAGGCUCGCACCUGCCGCUGCUGUUCAUCGGCAUGCAGCACAUCCAGCUGGCCAACCCCUCGCUCGCGAACGACUACCUCUCCGCCGCCGCCGAGAUCUCGCCCGCGGAUCCGUUGGUCAUCCACGAGCGCGGCGUGGUCGCGUACUACCAGGAACAAUGGCAGUGCGCGGUGGACCUGUUCACGCACACGCUCGACCUCGUCCAGAAGGCGCAGACAGACCCGCUCAUCUGGGCCUCCACGUACCUCAACCUGGCCCACUGCUUCCGCCGCCUCAAACGGUUCGAGGCGUCCUUCGACGCGGCCACCAAGGCCAAAGCCCUGCUCCCGCGCUCCGCCGCCGUGCUUUCUGCGCUCGGGAUGGCCUGCAUGGGCGUCGGCCGGCCGGGCGACGCGAUCAAGCAUUUCCACGAGUCGCUCGCCGUCGUCCCCGCGGACCCGAUGACGACGAGCCUUCUCCACCUGGCCCUCGACCUCCAAACCGUCCCCGCCCCCUCCGAGGAGGAGGGAGGGGGGGAGGGGCCCGUCGGCCCCCGCGCCCUCCGCCAGACGUGGGACGACGACUUCCGCCUCUUCGACCUCCGCUUGGACGCCCAGUACGGCCCCGCCGUCUCCGCCGAGCGCGUCUUGCAUCUGCGGCCGCGCGCCGAGUGA